GACAUCAUCUUUUCAGCAGCACAGCUAGACGACCAUGUGCGCACUGUACUUGCACCGUUUGAUACGCAACUGUUUACAUCCUGGAUGGCUAUUCUUAUAUAAAUCGCCGAAAUGCGGUUUUCAGGCUGCAGCCCUAGAGCCUGUGCACGAGUCUGCGUUAACAGGAGUGCGGCGCGGGAGGUAAACGAUGAGGUAUUUUCUUCUUUUCUAUAGGUGACGGGAGGCAGCUUGAUUUGGAAUGCCACGGGCACGGGAACCUGAGACGGAAUGGUAGGCUACGACGGGAGGGCGGCUCGUUUUGUCUCGGCGAGGAGGGGAGCUGUGUAAACCAGACUGGGUGGAGCAACACAUCGCCCGCCCCAUCUCUCGUGCAGACGGCCUUGUGUCCCGUUUGCCUGGAGUUCGGAGAGAGACUACUGUACUGAAAGUCUGGCGGACAGAGAGAGAGGGGGCCGGUCUAUGGGAGGGACUAGCGCAAAGGGGGGAUUUGGAAGGAGGAGGGGGCGAGGAGGAGGCGGCACGGGUGCUGUUUCUCCAGUCUCUUUCCCCUGUCUUUGUCUCACACACUCUUUUGUUAGCCAUGCCUAGCCUGCUGGUUCUAGCAGGGAUCAUGGAGAAAAAUGGGGGCUUCGCCGGGGAUCUGGCCGGCUCCGGCUUCGGAGGCGAAGGUCUCCUUGUGCCGCCCGACGAGGAGGAAGACGACUCCCGUGCCCUCAGGGUCGCACUGGGCCAGUUGUCUCUGCUGGGGCUCGGGGAAGGCGAGGACGGCGGCGGAGCCCCAACAACAGGAGUACAGGACCGGAGUAACAAUAACAACAACCACCACAACCACACGAACAACGUCGGGGGUGGCGGAGACACGGCGAUUCUGCAAGGGAAAAGCAAGUUGUGCGCCCUGUACGAGAGCUCCUCAAGUGAGACGAAAGGACGAGGCUGCAACAUAACAGAAUGCGUCCCAGUGCCCAGCUCUGAACAUGUGGCCGAAAUAGUGGGGAGACAAGGUUGCAAGAUCAAAGCCCUGCGGGCCAAGACCAAUACCUACAUCAAAACCCCCGUUAGAGGAGAGGAGCCUGUCUUCUUAAUCACUGGCCGGAAGGAGGAUGUUGCACUGGCCCGCCGUGAAAUCAUCUCUGCUGCAGAGCACUUCUCCAUGCUCCGGGCAUCUCGCAACAAGCUGGGAGUGUCGUUUAGCGGCUCCCCGCCCACACCUUUGCCAGGUCAGACCACCAUUCAGGUGAGAGUGCCAUACCGUGUCGUGGGGCUGGUAGUGGGGCCUAAAGGCUCCACCAUCAAACGCAUCCAGCAGCAAACCUGUACUUACAUCGUCACUCCCAGUCGAGACCGCGACCCUGUCUUUGAAAUCACAGGGUCGCCCAGCAACGCCGAGCGGGCCCGCGAGGAGAUUGAAGCACACAUCGCCUUCCGAACAGGAGGCCUGCACGACCACAAUAAUGAAAAUGACUGUCUGGGGCCGAAUGGUGGAAGCAGCCCAGCGGGCAGCAGUGGUGGUCUGGAGAGCCGGCUACAGCAGGUGUGGGGGCUGCAGGGGGGCCAGCGCAAGCCUCUCACCAGCAGCUACCGCCAGAACUUCUCAGAUGCCAUGGUUGGAGGGGGAGGAGGAGGAGGUGAGGGAGGGGGAAUCUACAACAAGAGCAACUUCUCCAGCUCCGGGGAGAAGCCUUGCUCUUAUUUUGGAUCAGAGGGUACCCAGAGCUGGGGCGAUCCCGACUACCCCAAACAGGUGGCCUUCUACGCCCAGCAGCGGUCCAAGAGCUUUGGAGGCCUACCACUCCCCCUGACCAGACUCUCCCCUGGCUUACCCGAGUCCUGCGGAGGUGGAAGCAACAACAACUCUUCAGUCACCAGCAUUGUGCCCAUAUCCGGCUCACCUCAUGCCCAGGCCCGCCGCGCCCACAGUGAGCCCACGUCAGCCGGUGAGGGUUUCCCAGGCCGUCUGCCAGUGCCGGACUCGCCACCGGCCACUGUGCGGGACUGCAUGACCUGCUUUGAAAGCAAAGUGACGGCUGCCUUGGUGCCCUGUGGCCAUAACCUCUUCUGCAUGGAGUGUGCCAUCCGAAUCUGUGAGCUCAACCACCCGGAGUGCCCAGUGUGCCACACCCAGGUCACACAGGCCAUCCGAAUAUUCUCUUAAGGAACCCCAUCAGUUUUUAUCAUUAGUUUUGUCAGUAUUUGUUUAAUAAUUAUUUACUGUUAUUAUGAUUAUUAUUAUAAUACACAUUUUUGUUUUUCAGAAAAUUUACAAUCAAGCAGAUAUUUUAGAAGGCACUGCUUGCUUUACUAAAAAGUAUAAGAAAUAUUUUUAAGUUUUUCUUUUAUAUAUAUAUAUGCAUAUAUAUUUUAUAAAAGUUUUGUUUAUAAGAGAAGUAUAGUACCUUGCAUUUUCAGUUUUUUGACUGCUGCUGUUUUUCAUUCAUGAAUCACAGUGUAGGCAGAGGUAGACAGUAAUGUGAACAUUUUAUUAUUCAAAUUUUUUAUUUUACCAUGAAGUGGGUUUAUAUGGAAGGAAGAAGAUGAUUGUUGAGGUACCCAAUCUGCACCUGACUGACCCAGAAAGUUAAUGUUGUUAUCACGAGG